UUAUCGAAUUCAGAUUGGCAAAAUGAUCCGGCGCUUGAAAAAUGUUUUUUUGUUCCUUAUAGCACUGGUGCUUAUAUGUCAAAUAUUUACAGGAAUAACGAGUUUGAUGAUGAAGACGAAAUAACAGAAGUGCCUGUCAAGCCCGUAGCUGAACCUGUUAAAGAGGAGAUCCAAGAACCUAAGCCUCUUAAUAUCAAAGUGUACCCAAAACUUGUUUUAUCUGACUUUUACCGUGAAAUGACAAUUAUUGCAAUGAUAAGCACAUAUCUUAUUGUUUAUUACAUUGGCAAACAGACCAAUAGUGUAAUCGCAAGAAAAUG